AUGGACUCAAGAGCCUCCUUCUCCAUUCUUCUGCUGCUUGUUGGCAUCUCACAGGCUCUCAUGGAGCAACGCUUAGAAGAUCUAUUUGAAUCUAUGCCAGAAAAAGUGGACAUCACUUCAAAGAUUCUGGAAUCCAACAAUGGUUCUACUGAACUCUUGAUUGAAGGAGAUCUGGUGUUUCCCAAAACUAGAAAUGCUCUUUUCUGCUUCAGCAACAACUGUUUCUGGAAUAAAAAUGUGAAUAACAUAGUGGAGGUCCCUUACACAGUGAGCGGUGAAUUCUCCUUUUAUGAUAGGUCUGUUAUUCAGAAUGCCAUGGCGACCUUUCACACCACAACCUGCAUCCGCUUUGUGCCCAGAUCAUCUCAGACCAACUACCUCAGUAUUGAGAACAAAGAUGGGUGCUAUUCUUCUCUUGGUAGAAUUGGUGGCAAACAGGUUGUUUCCCUCAACAGGUAUGGCUGUGUGUAUUAUGGGACAGUUCAGCAUGAACUCAACCAUGCCCUUGGCUUCUACCACGAGCAAACCAGAAGUGACCGUGAUCAGUACGUCAAGAUUAACUGGGAGUACAUCUCUCCUGAUAUGGCCUACAACUUCCAAAAACAGAACACCAACAAUCAAAACACUUCAUAUGACUACAGCUCUGUCAUGCACUAUGGAAGAACGGCCUUCUCGACUCAGUCCGGCAAGGAAACCAUCACUCCCAUUCCUGAUGCAACGGUGGAAAUCGGACAGAGGCAGGAAUUGUCUAAUGUCGACAUCCUGAGGAUCAACAAGCUUUAUGGAUGCUGA